UCCAAAUCGCCAAACUCACCCUUCUCUCUCAACCCCAACCGAUUCGGUCUCUUUAAAACAUUUGCUGCCCCGCCCUCCCCUCUCCAAAUGGACCACAACACUUCUUCUCAGAACCAUCAUUCUUCCUUGCCGGAGUUACUGACGGAGUACAUGGUGGAUAUGAAGUGUGAAGGUUGUGUUAAUGCUGUUAAAAACAAGUUGCAGACCAUCAAUGGAGUGAAGGAUGUAGAGGUGGACUUGAGCAAUCAGGUAGUUAGGAUUCGUGGUUCAACUCCGGUGAAGACCAUGACUGAAGCUUUGGAACAGACUGGUAGAAAAGCCCGAUUAAUCGGACAGGGAACACCUGAAGACUUCUUAAUAUCUGCCGCUGUUUCUGAAUUCAAAGGUCCAGACAUUUUUGGAGUUGUUCGCCUAGCUCAAGUAAACAUGGAACUAGCUAGGAUUGAAGCCAACUUCAGUGGUUUGUCACCAGGAAAGCAUGGUUGGUCCAUUAAUGAGUAUGGGGACCUGACUAGAGGUGCAGCUAGCACUGGUAAAGUAUACAAUCCAACAGACGGGGAAGAUGCUAAACAGCCACUUGGCGACCUGGGAACAUUAGAAGCUAACGAAAAGGGCGAAGCCUUCUACACUGGAGUCAAAGAAAAGCUCAAGGUAGGUGAUCUUAUUGGACGAUCAGUGGUUGUAUAUGCAACUGAAAACAAAUCAGAACAUGGUAUAGCUGCUGCUGUAAUCGCCAGAAGUGCAGGGGUGGGAGAGAACUACAAAAAACUCUGUACGUGUGAUGGCACCACCAUUUGGGAGGCAAGUGACAGAGAUUUUGUCACAAGCAAGGUCUGAAUCCAUAUAAAAGUAAUUCCCUGAAAAGUGAAAACCAACGGAUUGCGAUUCAGAUGCCUCUUCACCCUCUAGUCCUUUAUGCUUUUUAGGGUUUGUACACUAUUGUCACGUUUUGUGGGUUAGUGCAUCAUUGUAAGUUUGUAACAUUCUGUGAGCUUAUACUUUUUCAAUUUUUCAUAAUAAAUUAUACACUUAUAUUUAGGUGUACGAAUUGUAAAGGUUAGGUACUCAAAUAAUUUCUUCGUGCCCAUCGUAUUAGUGGGGUUAUGAGGCAAUACAUUUAGGCGUAAUCAUGGGACAAUGGGAGUGCACUGAGUAGUCACAAACUACAGUGUGUAUUCACUCAA